AACUGAGCCACUCGGUCAUUGGAAACGAAUGGUUUAUCAGUAGCAGUUCGAGAGGACGCAUUGUUCAGUCUAACUUUGAAGGUUGCCACUGAAGGUGGUGUUUGUUGUGAAGAUGCGGACGAUCGUUUGUGUGGCGUUGCUGUGUAUAAGCACCCUGUCGCUGACACACGGACAGCGUCGGUUCCCUGAAGGGUUUAAGUUUGGCGUCGGUACAUCGGCGUACCAGAUCGAGGGAGGAUGGAAUGAGGACGGUAAGGGUGAAUCGAUUUGGGAUCAUUUGGUACACAACUAUCCCGAGAAGAUCGCUGACCGAACCAAUGGAGAUGUGGCCUGUGACAGCUACCAUAAUUGGCGCCGUGAUGUGGAAAUGAUCCGAGAGCUCGGUGUCGAUAUCUAUCGCUUCUCGCUUGCCUGGAGUCGCAUACUCCCGACGGGCAUCAGCAAUCAGGUGAACGAGAAAGGUGUGGAAUACUACAAUAAUCUUAUCAACGAGCUGCUAAAGUAUAACAUCACACCGAUGGUGACGCUGUUCCACUGGGACACACCGCAGCGGCUGCAGGAGAUGGGAGGCUUUACGAACCGGCUUAUAGUGGGCCAUUUCCGCGAGUAUGCAAGGAUUGCGUUCGAGCGAUUUGGCGAUCGGGUAAAGAUCUGGACAACGUUCAACGAGCCGCCGCAAACCUGCCGUCUUCCGUACGAAUAUGAUGCGAUGGCACCGGGGCUGGAUUUCCCGGGAAGUUAUACCUAUCUGUGCACGCAUCAUUUGCUGCUGUCGCACGCCGAAGCGGUGGAUCUGUACCGGAAGGAGUUUCAGCCGACGCAGGGAGGUCAGAUCGGUAUAACGGUGGACGGUUCGUGGGCUGAACCAGUGUCGGAGGAUCAGCGGGAAGCAUCGGACAUCACGAUGCAGUUUUUGUUUGGGAUCUACAUGCAUCCGAUCUAUAUCGGUAACUACCCGCAAAUGAUCAUCGAUCGCAUUGGCAAUCUGAGUAUGCAGCAGGGCUUCAAGAAGUCCCGGCUGCCGGCCUUUACUGCGGAGGAGCUCACCAAGCUGAAAGGUUCGUCGGACUUUUUCGGCUACAACGGCUACACGACCAACCUGGUGUACAUGAACGAUGAGGCCAACACUGCCAACUUCCGCGUGCCAUCGUUCGAUCACGAUCGUAAUACGGUCGAUUUCCAGGACGAUCGCUGGCCAUCGGCAGGUUCCCCCUGGUUGAAGGUGUACCCACGCGGUAUGUACAACGUGCUAAGCUGGAUCCGACGAGAGUAUGGCAACCCUCCUGUGUGGGUUACGGAGAACGGUGUCAGUGAUCUCGGUGGUACGCGGGAUGUGGCUCGUGUGCAGUACUACAAGGAUUAUCUAAACGCCAUCCUGGACGCGAUCGAUGAUGGGUGCGAUGUGCGAGGAUACGUUGCGUGGAGCCUGAUGGACAACUUCGAGUGGCGGGCAGGGCUGAGCGAGCGGUUCGGGCUGUACUACGUGAACUACAGCGAUCCGGGGCUGACGCGGUACGCAAAAUCGUCGGCCAGAGCGUUCGCUAACAUUGUGCGCAAUCGGUGGAUCGAUCCGGACGAUAUGCCCGAGCCGGAGUUGUACAUACCGGGGCCCGGGGAAACGAUUACCACGACUACGGUGCGGGCGGAAACUACCACGAAGCAGGGUGAUGACGAUGAUGAUGAUGAUACGGCGUCUGGGGUGUUAGUUUCGAAGCUGCUGAUCAUUGUUUCGUUUAUGCUGUUUGUGUUGAAUAUGUAAAAGGGGUAAAAGAGUUAGUAAAUGUUACUUAGAAUGCAAAAAUAA